AUGGAGGAGCAGAAAGAGACGCUGAGGGUCGGGUUCAUGUCCCUGGACGAGAAGCAUAGGGACCUUGAGGUGAAGUACAAGAACAAGGAGAGAGAAGUCGAGUCUCUAACGUUGAAGCUCAACUUGAUGGAGUCGAACCAAAUUAUGCUGAAGCAGAAGUGCGAAGAGCUUGAAGGGCAGAUCCGAGACAUGCAGACCAAACAUCCUCCUCAAGAUGCCUCGGAGGACGGAACCGCAACGUCGGAGGCCGAUGCUGAUGUUGUGCACGAAUUCAAUAGCGAGCGAUCGAAGUCAAGUCUGGAUGCCAUCCGUCAAGACAACGAGAAGCUGAAGCGAGAACUUUCACAAGCUCUGGAGGCUCAAACCGUGCUCAACAAGCAGUUAGAGAGCUUGAGGUGUGGUGCAAGAACUGCGCCUAAGCCGAUACCGGCGAUCAGUCCUGCUCCUGCUGCUGCUUCUCCUCCUCCUGCGCUGAGAGACGCUGAAGAGAACUCUUUGAUGCGGCACUCGGCAGAAGUUCUGUCAGAUUCGGAGGAUGAGAAAACUGACGACGUCCUGUCUCGAGGGACCAACCAAGCGGCGGCUUAUGCCCAUGUGGAUGGGGACGAGAUCGAUGACUUUGGAUCGGAGUCAAGGUGA